AGAUGAGCUUGUUGUCCCGUCGGUUGUCCUGACCGAAAGUCAGAGGUGCGACGGAGCUGGGGAUCAGAAGCAUGGACGGGAUGUGGACCCUGGUUGUGUUUUUUGCUGCGGCUGUUUCGACUCAGGACCCGGCCGGGACACUGUUCCUGAUCUCGGGCCCAGAGGUGCUGCAUGCCGGGACACCCACUUCGCUCGCUGUCACCGUGUUUGCCGACUUCCCCGGCAGGGUGACGGCUGAACUGGCACUUGGCGACACCAGUAGAGCGGUCCGAACGGAGGACUUCCAAGGAGGUGUGACCCGGGUCCUCACGCUCCCACCUAUCCCCGGCGCUGUGACCCGGGAUUCCCUCUUAAACUUGACGGUCAGAGGCUACAGGGGCGACAGUGUCAUCUUCGCCAACGCCACCACCGUCCGCUUCGACCUCAGGAACGUCUCCACCUUCGUCCACACGGACAGAUCGCGCUACGAGCCGGGCGACACCAUCAGAGUCAGAGCCGUGUUUGUCCAGUUAGAUAACCGCCCGUACAAAGGCAGAGUGGAUAUCGCUGUGCGGGAUCCCAGUGGGAGUGUUGUGGACAGGUGGGAGUCCACCGGGAACCUGGGGAUUGUGUUGCAGGAAUUCACCUUAUCCCAGACAGCUCCUCUGGGACAGUGGGCGAUCACGACGACAACAGUGGACGGUGUGACUGAUGAGAGAAAAUUCACCGUGGAGCAUCAUGAGCGCCCUCGUUUCGAAGUCCUGGUCAAGACACCUCCGCGGGUCCUUGUUGGAGAUGACAUCUCCGGAUCGGUCAGAGCGCUUUACCCCAGUGGACAACCUGUGCAGGGCACACUAGCCGUCUCCGUCUCUCUGGCACCUGACAUGGCGGACGCCGCCUCUGCGGACGAGCUAACGCAAACCAAAGAGAUCUAUGGGUCAGCGCGGUUUUCCUUCGGCGGCGAUCAGCUCAAAGCCCUGCGCACCUCGCCGGGAAUCGGCAGCGACAGCCGUGUGCACGUGGCUGUUUCUGUCACCGGCAACUUCAGCGGGUUUGAAGUGAACAAAACGGUUGAAGUCCACCUCAUGCAGAACACAUACCAGCUCUCGUUCCACGAGGUCCCGGCCUCACUCAGACCGUCCUUACACUUCUCCACAAAACUCAGGAUCUCUAGAUACGACAGAAAGCCCCUGAGCUCCCAGGAGCGGAUGCACUCGGCUGUGGUCGAGGUCGCUCAGCGGAGGCCCUCGGCGAACACGGAGCCAGCGACUCUGGCGCUCCCCGUGCCCGAGGACGGGGACGUCCGCAUCGAGCUUGAACUACAAGAUCAAGUGGAGAUGCUUUUUCUGCGGGCCAGAUUCCAGUCCAGUGAGGAGACUCUGACGGUCUACAACAACCACAUCUCUCCUAGUAGCUCAUAUAUUCAGAUCUCCCCAGUCACUGCCUUGCCUGCACAGAUUGGAUCUCCCCUUCAAAUAGAUGUGGAGAGCACCUUUGAACCAACCGCGCUUCACUUUGUGGUGAGCUCCAGGGGUCAGGUGCUGGCCGCUGGAACCAAGACUUCCGUCUCUUUCUCUCUGACCCCGGCGCUGUCCUGGUCUCCAGAGGCCUGGGUCACCGUCUACUGCGUCCUCUCCAGUGGAGAGGUCACCAGUGACACGGCGCGCAUACCCAUCAACCAGCACAACCAUGUGUCUCUCAACUGGAGCAGCGAGGAGGCCCGGCCGGGUGAGGAGGUAUCGCUCGCCCUGACGGCGCUUGAACCCAGGUCCCAGGUCGGAAUUGUGGUGAUGGGGAUGCAAGAUGACAACACUCCAGAGGAGGACCAGGACUUCAAAGUGACGCCGGAUUGCCAUAUUUGGAUGCUGACCAAAACCACACUGUAUAAGCGAAAGCAGUCCGAUGGACCUCAAAAUGGCGAUGUCCUGUUGGUGGAGAAGCACUGGAGUCGCUGGAUGGAAGCCACAGAAUCCUUGCUUUGGUUGGACACUGACGUUAGUGAUAACACAUGGACGAGUGGGAAAAUACCAGUUCCAGAUGGUUUAACUGCUUUGGGAGCUGUAGCACUGGUGAUGUCAGACAAUCUGGGUUUGGGCUUCAUUCCUGCGCCAAUAAAGCUGAGUGUGUCCAAAGACUUCUCCUUGUCUCUCAACGUCCCGUCGUACCUCGUCAGGGGGGAGGAGAUUGUGCUGGAGGUCAACGUCAUCAGCCAUUCAGAGCAGGACUUGGAGGUCAUCGUGCUGCUCGCAGAGAGUAAGGACUUUGAGUUUGUCCUGGGAGACAGAAGGGACGUCUUGGUGGUUAAUGCCAUAAAACUCAACUUGGGGAGUCACGUCUCUGCCGCAGCCUGGUUCCCCAUCAGGCCCGUAGCUCUGGGCGAGGUUGAAAUAUCCGUGGACGCCGUAUGUGCUGAGGCAUCGGACAGGCUCGUUUGGAGAGUGCUUGUGAAGCCCGAGGGAGUUGAACAGUCCUACUCAGAGACUCUGUUCCUGGAGCUGGCACUGGAGGAGGACAACAAUUCCAUAUCCAUCUCCUUCCCCUUUCCUCCAGAUGUGGUACAGGGCAGCCACGGGGCCCAUGUGGCACUGGUUGGCGAUAUCCUGGCCUUGUCCUUCAGCAACUUGGACUCGCUGGUCCAGCUGCCUCUGGGCUGUGGGGAGCAGAACAUGAUCCACUUUGCUCCCAGCGUUUACGUCCUCCAGUACCUGGACACGACGAUGCUGGACGAUGAGGAGAUUAGAAAAAGGGCCCUGGGCAAUAUGAUGGAAGGAUAUCAGCGACAGCUGUCCUACCAACGAGACGACGGAUCCUUCAGUGCUUUCGGAGCCAGCGACGCCUCUGGGAGCACAUGGCUGACGGCCUUCGUGCUGCGCUGCUUCCUCCAGGCUCAGGCCUACAUGCGGAUAGACCACAGUGUCCUGACCAGCGCCAUGACUUGGCUCCUGAAACUCCAGGGGCCUCGGGGAGAGUUCAGCGAGGUGGGCCAGUUGAUCCACACAGAGAUGCGGGGAGGACUGGACAAUGGGCCGGUGGCGCUCACCGCGUACGUGCUGCUGGCGCUGCUGGAGGACGAGACCUAUGCGGCAAUGUACCCGGGCAAUGUGUCCCUGGCCACGAGCUACCUGGAGAACAAAGUGUCCAGCGAGGUGGUCAGUAACUACAGCCUGUGUCUAGCGGUGUAUGCUUUGGCCCUGGCCAACAGUCCUGUGGCCGACACUGCCCUGUCUGAGCUCACCAGGAGAGCUGACCACACGGACGGAGUUAUGAUGUGGACACCCUCUGCUGGCCUGAAUUCGCACGAGUGGCAGCCGCACUCGGCGCAGAUCGAGAUGGCGUCCUACGUACUGCUGGCUCUCUUCAGGCGCGCCAGCCUCGUCGAGGGCAUCUCCCUCCUGAAGUGGUUGGCGAAGCAGAGAAACGCCCUCGGAGGCUAUGGGACAACACAGGACACCGUGGUUGCCUUCCAAGCUCUGUCACGCUAUGCGUCAUUCGGCGGUGCCAACUCCAUCGACCUCACGCUUAAUAUAUCCGCCCCAGCAUCUUCGUUUCAGUCCCUGUUCAGUAUCAACUCUGCGAACUAUCGGAUGUAUCAAAGCAAAGAGAUUAACGCCGACAAAGAUCUGCACCUGAACAUAUACAUGGAAGGAAGAGGAUUUGCCCUACUUCAGAUGAAUAUCUUCUACAACGUGAAGGGCACAGCGUUGACACAGAGCCUCCAGCACAACUCAGACAAGGAGGCUUUCUCGUUAGAUGUUGACGUGGUCGAAGGAGACCACGAUCACAUGCUGCUGUCCAUAUGCAUGAGAUUAAAGGACAGUCAGCUGAUAUCUCAUACUGGUAUGGUCAUCCUGGAUGUGGGCAUGCUCAGUGGUUUCAGGCUGUCUCCUGGAGCUGCUGCCCCAACAGGCCUCAUCAGGAGAGUGGAGAAACUGCCCGAGAAGACCAUCCUGUAUCUGGAUUCGCUCAACAAGACUGAGGUUUGCGUCAGACUCCCUGUCAUCAGAGCGUACAAAGUGGCCCACGUGGAGGAAGCUUUGGUGCAGUGUUACGACUACUACGAGCCCAAUAGAAGAGCAGUAAGGACGUACAAGUCAUCUUUUCUUCACAACGUUGACCCCUGCUUCUUCUGUGGCUCACAAUGUGACCUCUGUAGGCCCGGAAUCACCAUCACAGUCUCCUCCCCACUGGUUUCUCAUUCGCCAAACGGCGCCACCCACAGCUUGUUGCUGAGUUGCAUUUUUCCCGGGGUCACUGCUUUUCUUUUUUAUUUUUAGUCUUACAUUAUAGAUUUGUAUUUUUUUAAGUAAAAACAUUAAAGUAAUGAACAUAGAUUGAGAGACAUUUAGCACAUUAUUGAUAUGCACUGGCUCUGGAAACUUUUAUACAAAAGUGACUAUUUCUUGACAAAUGAUUGUAACAUUGAGAGACUCCUGUCCUUUGCUUCAAGCAUAGUCACCUUCUACUAUUUACAGAUUGUAUAAUUUUGUAUUGCUUUUGAACUGAAUAAUGAGAAAUUACUGUCUUUAAAAACUUACCAAUGAAUUUCACUAA